AUGACAGACAAUCAAGAUACAGACCCGGCCUCUGGCCAGAAGGACGACGUCUCCGGCAACAGCACAAACAAGAAUGGUUCCGCUGCUACCGGCAGCGAUGGGAAGGGUAAGGGAAGGGAGAUUGACGAAGGGAAAACGCCCUCAAAGUCUGGCCCGACGAUAGAGCUCAGCACGAAGGCAGCGCAAGCGCUGAUGGAAUCCAAUCCUGCAUUAAAGGGUGAAUUCGCAGGCAUGGAUAAGGAGAAGGCAGCAGAGUUGAUGCGGAAGAUGGACAUCAAGGAAUUGCUGGCUGGGCUUGCGGUGAACCCGAAGAACAAGAAGGAUAUGGCUUCAUAUAAGUUUUGGCAGACUCAACCGGUUAUAAGGUUCGAUGAUAAGGGAGAAAUAGUGGAUGGUCCGAUUAAGGAGAUCGAUAUUGAGACUGUUUCGAAGACGCCUGGCCCGUUGAUUGAUGGGUUUGAAUGGGUUACAUUGGAUCUGAAUGAUGACAGGGAGACGCAAGAACUAUAUGAGCUACUGACGGAUCACUAUGUGGAAGACGAGAGUGAGAUGUUUCGGUUUAACUACUCAAAGGACUUUUUGAACUGGGCGCUUAAGGCUCCAGGAUGGACAAGCGAUUGGCACGUUGGUGUUAGAGCUUCAAAAUCCAGAAAACUAGUUGCGGCCAUAUGCGGUAUCCCUCUCGAGAUAUGCGUGCGUGGGAAGGUAAUAAAAUCCGUCGGAAUCGAUUUCCUAUGUGUACACAAAAAGCUACGAGCCAAGCGACUGGCACCAGUUUUGAUCAAGGAAAUAACUCGAAGGUGCUACUUGAGGGGAAUAUUUCAAGCCGUUUAUACAGUUGGAAUCGUCCUGCCAACGCCAAUCAGCUCAUGUCGCUAUUACCAUCGAGCUCUGGAUUGGUUAAAGCUAUACGAAGUUGGGUUUUCUGGUAUGCCAGCAGGUUCUACAAAAGCCAGACAAGUUGCACGAAACCAAUUACCCUCAUCAACAGCCACACCUGGUCUACGGCCAAUGGAAAUCAAGGAUGUCAGCGCAGUGUGUAGCCUCUUGAAUCGCUAUAUGAAACGCUUUGACCUGUCCCAAACUUUCACUGAAGAGGAAACUAAGCAUUUAUUUAUCAACGGAGAGCAUACGUCAGAGACGGUCGUAUAUUCGUUCGUUGUCGAGGAUCAAGAUACCCAUCAUAUCACUGAUUUUGUCUCGUUUUAUUCUCUGGAGUCGUCUGUUAUUCAGAAUGAGAAACAUAACAACGUCCGGGCGGCGUACUUAUAUUACUACUCUACAGAGACAGCAUUCGCCGAGAAUGAAGAUGGGUUGAAAGAGCGUCUGCAGCUACUCAUAAACGAUGCAUUAAUCAUUGCCAAGAAGGAGAAAUUCGAUGUGUUCAAUGCCCUGACACUGCAUGAUAACCCUUUGUUCCUCGAGAAGCUCAAGUUCGGUGCUGGAGACGGGCAACUCCACUACUAUCUGUUUAAUUAUCGAACAGCACCUAUCCCUGGAGGAGUAGAUAGUAACAAUGAGCCUGACGAGCGUAAGAGACAUGGUGUUGGCGUUGUUCUCGUUUAA